AUGAAUACCGCUGCAAUAAAACGUCCAUCGGACGCGUUAGUUCCGGUGACAAAUGCGAAGAAAUCACGUACAGAUAUAGUAGCGUACACGGCCAAAGACAAACAACUACUCGAACAGAAUGUUGAGCGUACAUCCGGAUUGUUGGGACCGAUUAUGCUCCUAGAAGGUCAUGGUGGGGAAAUAUUUUCCACAGAAUUUCAUCCGGAAGGAGAGCACCUAUUGUCUACCGGUUUUGAUCGGCAAAUCUUUCUAUGGAAAGUGUACGACGAAUGCGAUAAUGUCGGUGUGCUGAGUGGUCACUCGGGAGCAGUAAUGGAGGCACAUUUUUCACCGGACGGUUCCAACAUCUAUACGUGUGCCACGGACAAAGUGGUUGGCGUGUGGGACGUACCAACGUGCACCCGUAUACGCAAACUGAAGGGCCAUACACACUUCGUCAACAGCUGCUGUGGUGCGCGUCGCGGACCGACAUUGAUCGUUUCUGGAUCGGAUGAUGCGUCGAUCAAGAUUUGGGAUGCACGGAAAAGACACGUCGUCAGCACGUUCGAUAACACGUACCAGGUGACCGCGGUGUGUUUCAACGAUACAGCCGAGCAGGUUGUUUCGGGUGGGAUCGAUAAUGAGAUUAAGGUGUGGGAUAUUCGCAAAAAGGAGAUCGUAUAUCGUUUGCGGGGUCAUACGGACACGGUAACUGGUCUUUCACUAUCGCCCGAUGGUUCGUACGUGCUUAGCAACUCCAUGGACAACACUUUGCGCAUCUGGGACAUUCGUCCUUAUGUACCAGGCGAACGGUGUGUAAAGGUGUUUACGGGCCAUCAGCACAACUUCGAGAAGAAUUUGCUUCGUUGCGCUUGGUCGCCGGAUGGAUUGAAAAUUAGCGCCGGUUCGGCAGAUAGAUUCGUGUACAUAUGGGACACGACAUCGCGUCGCAUUCUGUACAAAUUGCCAGGACAUAAUGGUAGUGUUAAUGAUAUCGAUUUUCAUCCCACCGAACCAAUCAUUGUGUCGGGAUCGAGCGAUAAAACGUUGUAUCUCGGUGAGAUAGAAGCCUAA